AUGCACAGCGUAGAAAAGCGCGCUAAGUAUGAAAACUUUAACUUGAAUCUCCUAUCUAUCUAUCUAUCUAUCUAUCUAUCUAUCUAUCUAUCUUUCGGCCUAUCUUGGCACACGGCCAUCGUUAUGGGGUACCCAUUGAAAAUCCGGAUUCUGCAAGAUAUUUUGCUAUUCCAACACCAAAUCAAUGUUUUGUCUAUAUGUCCAUCUAUAGAAAUAUCUAUUCUUUCUUUUCUCUAUCGAAAAUAUUUGUACAAAUACCGAAACAUUAGAAGUACUUGGCCUGACAUUCUCUCUCCCUCUCUAUCUCUCGUUUUUGCUCUCUCUCUCGUUUUUACUCACUCUCUCUCACUGUCUCUCUCUCUCUCUCUCUCUGGGCAUUCUCUCAUUUUCAGUCUGUCCAUUUCUGAUUCAGAGAUUCUUCCCGCACACUCUCACUCUCUCUAUGUGACUCUCCUCCCUCUCUCCCCCUCUCACCUUGAGUCUAAAACUCCCUCUCUAAUUCUGAAACGCUGCCACUUAACAGAAUAUCUUUCAUUCUUUCAAAACCUCUUUUAUUUUACGGUUUCUCUUUCAAACAAGUCUUUCCGUGAAUUUCUCAUUCUCUCUGUCUCUCUCUAUAUCUGCAUUUUUGUCUCUUCCUCUCUAUCUCUCUCGCUCUUUCUAUCUCUGUCUUUUUGUCCCUCUGCCUUUCUCUUUCCCUCUGCCCUUCUCUCUCCCUCUUUCCCUCCCUAA